UAUGGUCGACUCAUCAGCACUUGAUGAGAAACUGGAGGUGAAUAGAAAAGGAUUCGAAGAAAAAUUCAUGUAUAUGAAUGCUCAGAACAGAACUGAGAACACUGUGAUGGAGGAGAGAUUGACGGCGCAAAAUGGAACGUAUCAUUUAACAAAUUCGACUAAAGAAUCAUUGGUCUGCACUAAUGCACUACUCAUCAUGGUCCUCUACAGAAUUCUGUUUAGACGUGAUAACUUUACCCUCUUGCUUGGUAUCGAUAUUGUCACCGUAAGAAAAGAUCACAUAUCCUUCUAUAUGGACGACCUUAUCUUAGUUGGAAACAAUGAAGAAGAAUUAGAAAACCUUACACUGCGGCUACAUCAAGUACUCGCAGCUAAAGAUUAG